AUUUCUUUUCACAAGUAUAAAUCGGAUAAAAAAUUUUCUGCGUCGGAAUGUAUGAAAUUGGAUAGUUUGGAGGACGAUUGAUUUACAUGAAAAAUAUUUUAAUUAACACCUUUUAGAAAAAAAUUCCAUUAAAAAAAGAAUAAAAUGGCAAAAAAUCAUUAUUUACAAUUAAUUGUUUUUAAUAAUUGUCUUAAUCUAAUUCUAGAUUAUUUAAAAGAUAAUAAAGAAGCACUCUUCUCAUGCCUUUUGGUUAAUCGAUUAUUUUGUCAACAUGUUAUUCCAUAUCUUUGGAGUUCACCUUUUGAACUUGAAACAAAUCCAAAUAAACAUAAACUCAUCCUUCGAACGUAUAUUUCUUGCCUUUGCGAAGAAGAAAAACAACAGUUAAUUAAUUUUCAAAUUGAAAAUGAAAGUUUAUCAACUCCAAGAGAUUAUCCAAAAUAUCUUGAAAUAUUUAAUAAUCAACAUAUUCAAGACGCGGUUGAAAAAUUCACUUCAACUGAAGAAAAAGUUGAACGAACGGACAUGAAAAAUAAGAAACGUAAAAUUAGAAAAUUACUUUGUAAAAUUAUUACAAAUCUUCUUAUUAAUCGUACAAAGGGUUUUACCUGCGUGGAAAUAAUAAGCAGCUCUUCAGACCUUAACUCUAUAGAUAUUGAUUAUACUAUUUUCCCUAGAUUAAGCCAAGCUUUAUCGAGGCUGCAGGUAUUCGAAUUUUCAGGUGUAUUUUCUCAAGGGAUAUGUCAACUUUUCACAAAUUUUGCACAACAUAUAAAUACGAUUAAAAAAUUAUCAAUUCUUCUUCAACCUCAAGAUGAAACACUUGAAAUUACUCAAGCAAUAACGAAAUUAAUUAAAUCACAAACAAAGCUCACUUCUUUUACAAUAACACAAUAUUGGGAUAAUCACCCUUGUUCAAAAAUUUAUUCUGCAAUCGAUUCUCAUUCGAAUUAUUUAAAUCAUUUAAGAAUUGAGGGAUUAGCAGAUGUUGAACAAUUAUUGACCGUCUUGCAAAAUUGUAAUAAUUUAGAAACUUUGCAAUUAUGGGAGUUUGGCGAGAUUGAUAACGAUUCCCUAUUCAAUUUAAAAUAUCCUGGAUUUAGAAUUGAAAGUAUCAAAAAUCUUUAUUGUGAUGGAUAUAGCCCAAGCCAUUCGAAUUUGACAACCGUCGGAUUAUUUCUGAGAAUAUGUGGUCGAAAUCUUAGAAUGCUUUGGUUAGGUCACGUAACAAAAGAAUUACUUCAAGAUAUGAGAGAAUACUUUCCACAUUUAAAUUAUUUAUCACUAAAAAUUUAUGAAGAACUUCUUCUUGAUCUAACCAAAUCUCUUCCUUCUAUGCCAUUAGAAAAUUUAAUAUUAUCUAUAAUACCAAAUUUUCACAAUUAUAAUUCAUUUAACACUACUAAUACCGCGUUAGGAUUUACAACAUCUUCAAUAAUGAAGUUGGUGAAAUCUAUACCAAUAACUUUACGUUAUUUUGGUUUAGAUUUCAGAAUGAACAAAAAAGACUUUAAAUUUUUUUUUGAGAAUUUAAGAGUUCCAUUAAAUCAACUAGCUAUAUUAGAAAAUUCGAAUCAUGAUUAUGUGUUAAUGACUGUAAUAGAUUACGCAAAAAGAGUUGAAAGUUUAAAAGAAUUUAUAUAUGAUCAAAGUUAUGAUCAUACAAAUUUUAGCGAAGAAAUGCUUGAAGAAGCAAGAACUGUUAUCCCAAAAAUAAGAGUUAUUAAACGUGGAAAAUCAUCGAUUUGCAAAAAAUAUUUUGAUAUACAAUAUUACGAAGUGAGCUGAGGAAAUUAAAAUCUGAAAAAUGUAAAUGUAUGCAUGAUAGUGGAUUUUUUUUUUAUUUUUUAUGUGUAAUCUCGAACAUUAAUUUGGGUUUGUCCUACUGUUUUUAUAAAUAUAUAAACUUGAUUUAAUAAAAGCGUUCCGCAGUUUAUUAUAAUUUAUCGGUAAAAUAGAAUCAAUCACCCUAUUUUGUGGACCAAUCACAAUAGGCAAUAAUGGCAGGAUUGAGAUGAGAUUAG